CGAGAGCCAGGAAGAGAGCGUUUCUCACGAAUCGUGUUCUCGGACUCCUUCCCGCGGCAUGCAUUCGUUGUUUUAGGGGCGCGGCAAAAUUGACUUGAGGGCGGUCACUCUCUUCUCCAAUUCUUUCUUCCUAUCAUCUCUUUUUAUCCCUCCUGAGCGAGCGAGAGAGGAACUAAAAAUAGUGGAACAAGAGACUCUUGUCUCAUCGUCUCUCUCUCUCUCUCUCUCUCUCUCUCUCUCUCUCUCAUAUGCACGCAGCAGUUCAUCUCUGCUCCAAAUGCCCUCAACCGCAUAACAGACCCUGGAAAAGCACCGAGCACCUGCUUCAGCGUAAACCUCAGGGACCAUGUUUUCUUUACCCGAGUCCGAAGCCCCUGCGGCCAUGGCAGAAAAGAGAGGCCCUCAAGAUCCCAUCUGGCUACCCACUUGGAAGGCGGGAGGAGAAACAAGAAGAAGAAGGGGAAAAAGAAGCUGAGCCGACAUGCCCUUCCAUCAGGAUUCACAGGGGCGAUAGCUCGUCGCGGUUUGUACUGGACGGCAGCCACUUGCGGCAGGCCGCUGUCGAUCAUCAUGGGUUGAGUUUUAAUGGGUCCGAUGAAUUAGUUUCCAUCUUUAGUUGUUGGGCGGAGAUUUCGCUCUCUGCACUGAAGAAAUUGUUCAUACCCCUAAAAGUUGGGCCUAGUUAUAUGGACUACAUGAGAUGGAAAUUCGUGCACCGUAUUUGUAGCUCCAGUCUCCAGGUUCUGGCUACUCAGGCUAUGUUUAGAGCAAUCGGGAUUGGAUCAUCUCGGUCUCUUCCAUCGGCAGCAGCCUUUAAUUGGGUAUUGAAAGAUGGGUUGGGGCGGCUUAGCAGGUGCAUAUAUACUGCCCGUGUUGGCACUGCUUUUGAUACUAACUUGAAGAGAGUUAGAUUCUCAACAUCCGUGCUCUUCAGUUUGGGUGUUGGCGUUGAGAUGCUGACUUCAAUUUUCCCUCAGUACUUUUUGCUUCUUGCUGCGAUUGCCAACAUCGCUAAAUCCAUUAGUUUAGCUGCCUAUAUAGCAACUAGUUCUGCAAUUCAUCGGAGUUUUGCUAUUGCAGACAAUCUUGGUGAAAUUUCAGCGAAGGCUCAGAUUCAAACAGUUUGCUUUGAUAAUCUGGGCUUGAUGCUUGCGGCAGUUUUGAAUCUCCUAUGCAAGAAUUAUCAGAGAAGGUUACAAACAGUUCUUCCUCUGAUGAUUUAUCCCUUCCUUGCUGCAAUGGAUCUCUAUGCCAUCUCCCAGGGGCUGAAACAUGUGCAUCUGCAAACGCUAACAAAGAAUAGGCUGGACAUUAUAGUAAAGCAAUGGAUUCAAUCUGGAUUGAUACCUUCACCAGCUGAAGUAAGCAGCGAGGAAGACAAUACCAUGUGGAGAAAAGACAACAAGCAAUGGCAAAUCAGAAUUGGUUGUAUUGACACCAAGGAUCCUUGUGUGGAGUUUCUACAGCAAACAAUGCAGUCCUUACAAACAAAUGACAUGUACUUCAUCUGCUUGGAGGCGAGCAAGGAUUGUUUGCUGCUUUGUUUGCAUCGAAAGGCUUGCACUACAGACAUCCUUAGAGGCAUGUUGGAGGCAUGUCAUAUUCGUGAAACUCUCUCGCUGCAUAGAACCAAGGCAAUGCUAGGUGCAACAUCGGUUCAAUCCAAGGAUGAACCACUAGAGAUUGCAUAUCCUGGAAAUACCCAAGAUUCAGAUUUUGAGUCUUUUGACACCUGCGCCAAGGAUUGGUUUAAGAUGGUAGGUGAAAGCAGGAAAUUUGCGGAAAGGAGCAUUGGCCUCCUUACGGAAGAAAUGAAGAAAUCGGGGUGGAUUGUGAAAAACGUGCUAUUGAACUCUCAAGAACAGAUAAGGUUCAGCUUAGAAAUGUGAUGCUACAAAAGAAUGUCAUUCUCAUGGGAAACUGUUUGGAAACAAGUGGCCAACCGGCACUACGAGUGGUGGGAUUUUUCUUUUGAACGACAUGACAAACGGAACCUGCUUCUUGUGUUGAUCCUAUGAACCUGGAAGAUUUCCUACAUCGUCUGUGGAGAUGAUGCUAGAGGCCACCUGCUUUCGGGGUAUCAGGGGAAAGCAAGCAUAAGAAUGCAGUAAGAAAAGAGGUAAGAGGGAGAAUUGCUGUAUGAAACUCUUCCCAGGCUACUCAGCUCGGCUUAGUGAAGGACGAUGAAAGGAAAACGUUCGUUCAUGGGCUUUCAGUAACGUAUUCUUUUAUACCACGUAUUUGUCAAUUGUGUAUUUUUAUUCAUAGGCUAUGGACGACUGGCUCUCUUUCCUACUGAACCAGCAAAAAGAGAAAAGAGGUUGAGGAAAAGCAAAAUUUACGGUGUACGUAUAAUUAGUUGAUGGUGCCACGAGUGUCGCUUUUUUCCUUUUGGAGGGGGGAAACCAGUUGAAAAGGACGGAGUUCAGUAAGGUACUUCUGAAAGGAGCCCAAAGGUAAUAUGUUCGGCUAAUAUUUGUUUGUUUGUACUUUUACUCGGUGGGUUUUGCUCUAUUGUAGUCUUUCCUGUUCAUGGUCCCCAAAACGAGCAUCUCUGUGGUAAACGGCGGACGAUCUCUUGUGAAAUGCCAUUGCUUCUUCUCCUACGGAUGCUGUGGGAGUUGAAAGGAUGCGGUGGCAUAUAACUCCCCAAAACUUAUUUAGCUACAUUUUUAAGUCCAAAUGUCUUUCCGGAUUUGUGGCUUUACAGAUGUAUUAUAGGACAUGUUUAUUUGAACGAACAAUGAAAUGUUAGGAACUUUAAAUUUUUUAUUUUA